AAUUCAAGUAAUACACAGAAAAUAUUUUUUAAUUCUGAUAAUAAAAAGUUAGAAUUGUAUUAAGCGUCGAGUAGUGAAUAACCAAAAUCGAAUAAAUAUAUUUUCAUCAACACUCAUCGGUGAUUGUUCUGCAUUGUUAACGAAGUUCGCUCGAAUAAACAACUCUCGACAGAGAUUCCAUUGUCAGUUCGAGAACAAAAUCGGCGCUACGAACAAUAACAUACUCAUUUCUUUGAAUUGUAGGGUACCAUUAGGCUCCGAAUGCGAAGGAUUUAAGAAACACGCAAUAUUUUCCCAUUUUGCUUCAUUAAAUUUAUUUCUGCUAAAUAACCUUGAUCAAUAAUGUCGAAAAAAAUCAAGGGACAUAACGCAUUUUAUUACUUCAUGCUCAACUGGAGAGAGCAGCAACGAACGCCGAAUCGAAGUUUGAAAGACAUCGCUAGUGAUCCCAAGUGUACCGAGGAUUGGAAAAAACUCGAUCCGACGCACAGAGGCGAGUAUGAGGCUCUCGCGAAAGACAGGAAAAUUCAAGCUCAAGGAAGUAUAAAUAAAUACACGACACUCGGGGAAAGUUUGGUCGAAAUAGAAGAACAGGAGAGACAAGAAAAGGAGCUGAUUGAAAAUAUGAAAAAAUACAUAUCCUCUGUCAUUUCGAUUGGACUGAGGCAUGAAAAUUUGGAAAGCAUGAAGUACAUAUUCAUACAUGUUAAUUGGUUCUACAGGAAACAAAUAGGAAUUAACAAGACUGAGUACGGUCCCGCCGAGUUUGCAGUAGCAGAAUUUAGUAUAAAGGGUGGAACAGAAAACGUUUACCAUGAAAUAUUGAAUAUACCAAUACCAUUAGGAUAUAAGGGAGAAGCCCUUGCAGUUAGUGCAGAUUCACACCAAAUACCCAUAGAUUAUGCAGAUGGACAGAGCGACUUUCGAUUAAUGUAUAUGAAAUUGGUCAGCUUUUUGGAAUCGAAUAUGACUGGAAAUAAACUCCCACCACUGUUCACUACCAACAAUUUAAAGCCUGCUGUGGAUUCAUUGUUACUUAGGAUGUGCGACGCUGCUCAAAAACCAAUCGAAGAUUUCAAAAUUUACUCAAUAGAAGUAUUAUUCAGUGAAGUGUUAAACGCAGUUUCAAAAAACAUUCAAGGCGAAAGUCCUGUUCCGAUCGCCGUCGCUAUAUUAGAAUUCGAAAAAGAUAUUUUCGCUUAUACGUCCGGCUCUGAGUGUGACUUUCAUAAAUUCCUGGACAACACUGCUCAGUAUUGUAGUAAAUCGAUAGUCACACGAUGGGGAUAUACCAUAUGUGACUAUUGUUGCAAACAUUUGAAUGUCAAGGUGAUUGAAGGUAUUCAUUACCCGGCAUGUCAAAAAGAAGAUGAGGCCAGCGGUACUGAUGUUGACGAAUUAGCGGCACGUAUGGAAUGGUUAACUGCUGGUAAGAAGAAAAAGAAGGAUUUAAACGGCGUAUCUGACAGUCAUCGACUGAAAGUGUCCGCGCGUUCAUACACGCAAGAACAACGUAGACGCGAGGAAUCCAAGCCACUGGAAAUCAUUGACCAUGGCAAAAUUAGUGCAACUACUUCGUCGGAGACGGACACUGAGCGUUUGCCGCAGCGGCCGCUGCGGUUGCCUAAAGUCAUGCCCGCCUCUCUUCAAGCAUCCAGUAAUACUAAUGACUCCUCGUAUGAGGAGAGUUUUCCAUCAAUUGGGAGAGGAUGUAGAAAAAACAUGACGCCGAAGGAAUUGAGAUCUUUAGGAAGAGGACGCAGCUUUUAAACAUUGACUACUUCAACGGAGUAAACACAGCUGGAACAAGUACAACAGACUCGAGUAUUGUAUAUUUACCACAACACGACCGUUGCGACAACCAAGGAACACGCCUAUCUCUCUUCAAAUGUAUGAGCACAAUAUUCAACCAUCCACUGACAAUAAUUUUCCAGCGAUUGGGAAUGAAUUCAGGAGGAGUAAGUUAAAAGCAACUUAAGAAGAUAAUGACGGAAAUGAGAUCUCUAUAAAGGGGAUGGAUGUUUUAAGCAGUGAGAAGAGAAACAACGAGUAUUAUUUUAUUGUUUGACCAAUGUUGUUUUAUAUUAGGUAGUUAUUGGUUUCUUCAAAGUAUAUAAUGUAUUUAUACGUAACUCGUUUCCUAUAUGAAUUAUGUACUAUUUUUUUUACUGCCAAUUAGUCAGAACAUCGUUUUCGUACUAUUUUUAUACUCACUAUAAAUAUUAUUCUAAGCUGUUGAAUACUGAGUAUUAUUAGAGUAUAAUGUAGUAUUAUUAUACUGUAUUUCUGUUAGCCAUCCUUUUCUCAAUAUAGUAACAUAAUAUUCACUAGAAUUUAAACAGAACGUCCACUAAUAUUCUUGUCUUUCUAUCAUUGUGCCAUAGUUUUGAAGGAACAAAUAAUUGUUUUUAAUUUAGGGAAGUUGCUUCUAACUUUUUUAUCGAGUAACUUAUAAACAAUCUUUUUGUCAAAAAUAGGUAAUUUGACGUUUAGAAUUGAUUUAACAUUUAUUGGAGUUCUUAUUUUCAUUUAAGGCGAUGGUUCGUUAAAAUCAGUGCAAUCACUUGAUUUCGUGUAACUUAUAAGCAGCUUAUAAGCAUUCAUAAAGGUAUUAAUAUUAAAUAUCAAUAUAAUACUAUUAAUAAAAUAAUAAUUAAUAAGAAUAAAAAUCAAUAUAAUAAUACUAAUCUAUAUAAUACACUUAUAAUUGUUCGAUAUUGACAAUUUGUUACUAUAAAAUUUAAACACAACAUCAACUAAUGUUCUUGUCGUCACACCAUUUUCUCACAGUUCCAAAAUGUUUUUAAUUUACUAAAAUUGCUUGUAACUCUUUUAUUGAGUAAUUUAUA